AACAUCUACACCCUCCCUCCGCCCAUGCCGGUGCCGCUCCAUUCCCUCCUCGUCUCUGCCUGGCUGUUCCUCCCCGAUGGGGUGACUGUGGAGGUGGUGGUGGCACACCAGGUCGAUGCAGGGCACAUGUUCCUGCAGCAGCACACGCACCCCACCUUCCACGUCCUGCGGAGCCUUGACCAGCAGAUGUUUGCCUGCUAUUCCCAACCCGAAAUUCCAACCCUGCCCACUCCGGUCGAAGUUGGUAUUAUCUGUGCAGCUCCAGGCCUGGAUGGGGCAUGGCUCCGGGCUCAAGUCAUCAACUACUUUGAAGAGACCGAUGAAGUGGAGCUCAAAUACGUGGACUACGGAGGAUACGACAAAGUGAAGGUCGACACACUCAGGCAGAUCAGGUCUGAUUUUUUAACACUACCUUUCCAAGGAGCAGAAGUUUUACUAGACAAUGUGGUGCCACUUUCAGACGAGGAUCACUUCUCCUCGGAAGCCGACGCCGCUGUCAGUGAGAUGACCAGAGGCGCCGUCCUCGUGGCACAGGUCACAAAUUACGACAGUGUCACGGGGCUGCCGCUGAUCCAGCUGUGGAACCUGAUGGGGGAUGAGGUGGGUUUACUGACAUAGCUAUUUUUUCAGUACUGUUGAAAACUCCCUAAUCAGGGAUAACAAGUUAAUCACUAUGAACUUGCUGAUGUUUCUUGAG